AAUAUGUAAAAAAGCGAUACUUUAACCAAGUAGGUAUGGACGAACUACAAAUAAAUUAUAUUCCGUGACUCAUGUUUCAAAGAUAAGCCUGCAAUUCAAAAGUAUGUCUAGAAAUAUUGUUUUUGAAGGAUGGCUGACUAAAUCACCGCCUACAAAACGUAUUUGGAGAACUAAAUGGCGGAGAAGGUGGUUUGCCUUGCGUCAAUCGGGGGAGCUCCCUGGUCAAUAUUUCCUCGAUUACUACGCAGACCGGAAUUGCAGGCGACUCAAGGGCACUAUCAACCUAGAUUUGUGCGAACAGGUGGACGCGGGAUUGCAUAUGGAACGUACUGGUAAUGGCACAUUAGACCCUAAGCUGCGCGGCUCCGUAUUCACAAUCCAGACACAGUCACGAACGUACCACCUCGAGGCUGAUUGCGAAGCUGAAAUGGAGAAGUGGGUCGACGCUAUAUGCAGAGUUUGUGGACUCCGGGCCACAGAUGACUCCUCAAAUGUUCUAGGUCCUUAUCAGAAUAACUUGAGUGCCCUCUCAGCCAUGAACGACCAGUACGAAUGUACAGGUCCGUACAUUCCGAUAUCAGAAUGUAUUACCGGAGUACGAGCACAGGACUCCCGAAGAGCAUUUACCUUUGAUCCGAAAAAUAUAGUAACGAGCGCCAGGUCACAAUUUGAAAAAGCAUCCGACACAAGAAGCCAGCAAAUGUACAUGAGUCAACCACACAUAAGGCUUAACAAUGCUGAUUUUUCUGAGAAUGAGUCAAACCUAAGUGACGAGGAGUGGAAAUCAUUGAAUGCUAGUCAAUCAAAUAUACGGGACUGGACUGUACAAAAAUCAUUCAAAAAAUUAUCCAUAAGUCCUAGAAUGAACGGCGUAUCUGAAGAUGGUCCUCCAGUACCACCUCGACCACCAAAAACAUUUACCAUGAGUAAAGAUUUUUUACAGAAGGAAAUUUUCCAAGGCCCCAAAAUAGAGGAACCAAUGGAAAUCCAAGAAAAUGUUGGUAGCCUUUCAUUGAGACGUUGGCCACGACGCAUGUCGCAUGGUGGUGCACCUUCACUCUCGAAUAGAUCACACUUGUCGCCAAACAUUUUGCGUAGCACUGAUGACGAGGACGAGUUAUGUGCUGGUAAUUUGUCAAUGCAAUAUUGCAACCUAUCUUCACUCCCGCCUGCAGUAGAUCGAGCGCUCAAACCACGACACUCCAGCCACAGUAUAGGCCAUAUACACAAUCUAAGUGGACAGUUGGUGUUACAGAGUGGACAAUCUGAUGAAGUGAAGGCUGAUGUCUUACAAUAUUUAGAUCUGGAUCUUCACAUGUCUAAGCCCAUAACUUCAAAGUCACAUGAUGUCCCUAUGAAGAAAAUGGAUAUUUCCCAAUUUAAGCUACCAUCAGCGAUCGAUGCGGACUCCGCAUACAAAACUGUCGAUUUUCUCAAAACAGAAGCAUUUAAUAUAACUCGGAAAGACGCCGAAGCAUCCAGGAGCAGCCACAACUGAAUGGAAUACGGAAUUGAAUUAAAGUUCGCGAAUAUUUGGAGUGGUCAUAGGUUGUUCGUAUAAGAGUACUCCCUUUAGACAUAAAAGAGAUGUAAUAUAAUACCUCUCUCUUAUAUCUCUAAAGAGAACCAGUUCUAAAUACGUUUACGUAAAUGUAAAUUAAAAUUGAACAAUCACUUCAUGUAGACUUGUUUAGACGCAUUUUUAUAUGUCAUAAUAUUUUAUAGUCGCUUUCAGAUUUAGAAUGUACCUGCCCUGCCGAGAUGAAUCUGGUAUGAGCUCCAUAGAUGAUAUUGUAUCAAAAUAUUUUUUUAAAGUAUUAUAUAAAAGUACAAAUAACCGUUAGUAUAUUAAGGAAUAUAUAUUAAUACAAAUGUUAGGAAAUAAUUAAAAAAAAAUUAAUUAGUUGUAGGUAUUCUGACAAACUAGUCCCUACAAUCACAAGCUGUUUACAACUAUUAUUAUAAUACUUUGGCUUAGUUUUUCAAUGGACUCUCAGCAUUUAUCAGGAUCACCAUUCCUAUCUCGUUACGUCAAACUUUCGCAACUUACCCAACUACCCUACUACUACAUGAAUAGGACUGUUUAUUGAAUUUUCUUAUAUUUUGAACACUAAUAUUACCUAAAUGAUUCUUAAGAAUGUCUUCCUUGUACUACCAAUGGCUGAGGUAUUGGCAGGUUCUACCGCGUCUAACAAGUUCACUCUAUUAUAAUAUACAUGACAGUAUUAUAAAAAUAUCAAUAACCAAUGAGUGUUACUGUAAACGUAUUUUGAAGGAUUUUUUUUGCAUUUUAAUCUAUGCCUCUAUAUUUUAAGUUACACGAACGUACUUUUUACUUGAGUGAUAUACGGCAUAAACAACAUGCAAUAAUAAACGUAGUGAUUAUGUAGGUACUUAAAUUGACAAAGGUGAAAAAUAUAUAUUUUACGGUUUUUAAGAGAAAUAUUUUGAUAAUGAAUGCUAAUGAGCGUUAAUAUUUCAGAUUGUAUAAUUGAUUUACUUAAAUAUGCAAGAAAAUAUAUAUUUAUUGUAAUUGAAACUAUUAAUAAUCUGCUGAUAAUUACGUACAAACAACCUUAGAAAAGCGGGUCUAGUCCUUAUUAAUUCUUUAUACUUAACAUUAUUCCCACAACUGGGGAUAUAUACCGCUAUAGUCUGAUACUUACCGUCUUCUUAUUUAGCCAACGAUUUUAUUAUUGCUAUAUUUUUUAGGAAGCAAGCCUUUUUAAUUAUUUAUUGUUAAUUAUAAUAAGAGAUAUACAAGUUAUACACAUUUUAUUAAAUAAUAUUUCCAUCUUGAUCAAACUAAACCUUUAUAGUGUAUAUGAUCCGACACGGAUGUUGCGAGCUAAACCAGAUUUUACAAUAAGGCCAAGGUUCGGUUUGAUAAGGCGCCGUCCGAGUCGCAAUCAUUGCACGUGAUAGAUAUAGUACAUGUAAAUAAUGUUUUAUUUGCAAUAACCGCCAUUUGAACUGUGAUUCUGAAUUUAUAAGCACUUUUAUUGAAUAUCAAAUAUAAAUAAGAGCAUUAAAGAUAAGUCAAGCUUGUAGUGGUGUGAAGAUCGCUUGUUAGUAGAGGAAUAUACACAAAUACUUUAUAUAUAUAUAUUAUUUUUUUACACGUAAAUGGUAUUAUUGAAUAUAAAUGUAAUUUUAAUACUGAAUUUCUUAAAAUACAAUAAUAAAAACUCCAGUAACAUAAAUUACUUUUCUAACGCUACUUAGAGGUGCAUGACACGCGAAUGGAACAUUGUUAGCUAGCACUAAGGAGUUGAUUCCGAUUUAAUUGACUGUUAAAUUAACGAUUAAGAUACAUUACUACAAGUGCAAAACGUGACAAAGACAAUGACUGUGUUUAGUUUGAUCAAGUAUCAGGAUUUGUUCUGUAGUUCAAAUAAUGACUAUUUAAAUAAAAUCAUCACAAUUUUCUUUAUUUCCUUUAUACAAACACAAAAUAAUAUCAAUGUGAUACAUUUUACAUUAGUUUUUAAUUUGGUCGAGGGAUUUUUUUUAUUAGUCUUAUAUGACAAAUGCUUACCAUCAGCGCUCUAGUGUGAAAUUAUAGUUAUAAACAGCAGCUAAUCAAUAUGAUGUUAAGUAUACUCUCGUGGUUAUUGCUGAAAUAUAGUUUUUUACAAAAAACAAACAAUUAUCCUAUUCAUCUUGAAGUACUGAUGUAAGUACUUACUUGAUUGUAUAUUCUGUGAUCAUUGAGACAUAAUAUUGUGUACUUUACUGUAAAGUUCCGUUUAUUCUUUACUGUAAACGAUUAGAUGCAGUUUAAUUUUAUAAAUAAAUAUUGUGAAUAAUUUUUGUAAUUACUAACAUUCAAUCCAUACUAUUGUACCCAUAUAACUGCAAUUGUUUUUAUAUUUUAGUAUGAAUAAAAUAUUUAUAAAUUUUAUAAGUGAUGGAAUGUUUAAAAUAAAACUAUUUACAUUUAUGAAUAAAUUGUAUAUUCUUGUACUUUUAUUGAAUAAAAUUAAAAUAUCAUUGGAUAUUUUAUAAACUUGACCAAUUGACGUAGUUUGCAAAUGUGAAUGAAAAUAUACACAAA